AAGACUAGAGAGAGUUUUAUCCAAGAUGGCGGACGGAGAAGCGGGUUUUUAGAAAAAAAAUAUUAUCGGCAUAAAAUCUCAUAUUAUAGCAAUGCAAAAUAUAAUACAGGGUACCAAGCGACAAAACGUCUAAUUUUCAGAAGAUUUUCUGCUGAGAUUUAGUUGCGUGAUGGCGAUCGAAGGUUCUGUGCAGCAAGACGUGAAGGACCAGACAGGAUGGGAUAGAGUCAAGGCACUGUUUGAAACAAGUGAAGACGGUACUAUAUCUGAAGAACUACAGAGCAUUCCAACCAUUAUUGGUAUUGGUUCAGUGUUUGGCUUCCUACUUGGUGGUCAGUUUGGAAUCAGGAUUGGUGCCGAUCAUUAUGUCAAACAAAAUCAACUCACUGUUUACCACUCUCAAAUGCAUGCACAGAGAGAAUUCCAAUCAGCCAAGACACUUGGAUUUGUCAAAUAUGGGUCAAGAUGGGGCUGGAGGAUGGGAUUAUUUGCAGGUUUAUACAGCUUUUUAUUAACUCUAUCCACAACAUAUCGUGACAAGAAUGAUGCUUUGAAUUAUGUGGCUGCUGGAGCUUCCACAGGAGCCUUAUAUAAACUAUUUGGAGGGUGGAGAAGCAUGGUAGUAUCCUCGUUAAUCUGUUCUGGUGUCAGUCUACCAAUUGGAUUAUUAGCCCAAGCUGGGAAUACUUUCUUGAUCCCUGAAGAAUAUAAAAUAAAGGUGAAGGAAGAAAAAGAACAAAAAAGAAGAAAAUGGGAAGAACAACUCCAAGUAACAGACAGUAUUAUUGAGAACAUGGAAAAAGAACUGGAGUCUGAGAAAGAGCAAUCUCAAGUUUGAUUUGUUUUAAGGUAUUAAUUUAUGAAGGCUUUGUGUAAUCAUUAAUAAAAUAGUGACCAAAUGUGCAUGACUAAACCAA